UUUCCGGUGUUCGAUGGUGCCAUGCUCACAAAGAAAUCUUGACAAAAACUGAAGUUAUCUUAAAAAUCACCAUGAAGUGCGGUUCUUCUGCUUGACAAGCCAUUCCAGUGUUUCUCUUCUCCACCACUGGUUGUUCUCUUUAAGAUGUCUUCUGCGAUGGAGAUUAUUCCGAUUUGAAUGCUGUGUUUCUCAUUUUACUUCAUUGUUUGAAACCUUGGGGCAGUUCUUAGAUGUUUCAAACAGUCUGCAGGAAUGACCUUUGAGGUGAUUUAAUGACUCAAAGAUGCCGGAGAUGAAAUGCAAAAUUUCUUUUGUCAAAACAAUGGAUUCAAAGGAAGUAACCUCUGCAAGACACAAGCGUUCCAAGAGUGAUUCUGAUAAGAGAGUCCAGAAGGAUAAGUUGGAUUCAUCGCUCAAAUCUUUUCAGCGUCUUAUGCUGGAUAUAGAUACUAAGGGGCAAACUGACAUCAAGAGCAGACCAUCUCCUGAUAAUGAGGUUCAAAGUUCUUUGAAGCAAGAGAUUCAGCAACUUGAGAAAUGGCUCCAGGAUCAACUUGUUAUGCGCCGUGCUCUAGAGAAAGCAUUGGGGUACAAGUGUCCUGUUGUUGAUUUGUCAAGUGACAGUUUGAUGCCCAAACCCACCAAGGAACUGAUAAGGGAGAUUGCGAUGUUAGAAUUAGAGGUUAUGUAUUUGGAGCAAUAUCUUUUAUCCCAGUAUCGAAAAGCUUUUGAACAGCAGAUAUCCAGUUUAUCACCCACUGCUGUUAAAGACCGAAAGGGACAGCCACUGGGCUCUCAAUCAAGGCUAUUAUCAGAUGCUACCACAUUGAAUAUCCCAUCCAGAAAAGAAAAUCCAGCAUUUCAGUCUGGUCGCAUGAUGCUUCCCUACACGUCAGCCACCAAAUCCAUGAAUGAAGCUUGUGUUGUCCAUAGCCUAGAAAAGCACAGUCGUGGCAUCCGCCGAAGCCAUUCCUCUCUCUUGCAACGUGCAGUUUGUUCAGCUAGAGUGUCGCCUUCUUCUAAGAACCUAACUAGAGCUCUUGAGGCAUGCCAUACCUUGCCUUUAUCUUUUCUUGAGCAUGGACAGAAUGCUAACUCAGGAGGGGUGAUAAGCCUUGCAGAUCAUCUUGGAACUAGAAUUGCUGAUCACAUUCCUGAGACACCCAACAGAAUCUCUGAAGAUAUGGUCAGGUGCAUGGGCGCCAUAUAUUGCAGAUUGGCUGACUCUCCUCUGGUGCCUCAAGGCCUCUUGUCUUCUCCUACUUCAUCCUUCUCGUCCAAGAGUACAUUUUCUCCCAAUUUUAUGGGAUAUGUAUCAAGUCCUGGUUGUAAAAGAGAAUCCACUCUAGAUGCACUGCUAGACAAUCGCUUUGUGGUCGACGGAUUAAAGGAGUUCAGCGGAUCUUACACUGCAAUGCUUGAAGUAACUUCUAUACGCAAGAAGAGUCAAAGAUUGAAUGAUGUUAAUGGCAUGCUGCAUGACUAUAAAUUGCUUGUCCAUCGAUUGGAAACAGUGGAUCCCAGAAAAAUGAAGAGCGAGGAGAAGCUUGCCUUCUGGAUCAAUGUGCACAAUGCUAUGAUGAUGCAUGCACAUCUAGAGUAUGGGAUCCCUAAAAAUAACAUGAAAAGGACAUCAUUACUCGUGAAGGCUAAAUAUAAUAUAGGUGGUCGUACUAUAAAUGCAGACAUGAUACGAGGUUCAAUUCUGGGAUGCCGUACACAUCCUCCUGGACAGUGGCUUCGGAUAUUACUAUCCCCAAAAAUGAAGUUCAAAGAUGGAGAUGAGUGGCAAGCCUAUGCCAUUGAGCAUCCUGAACCUCUGUUACAUUUUGCACUUUGUUCCGGAAGCCAUUCAGAUCCUCCGGUCCGCAUAUACACCCCAAAGAGAUUGUUCCAACAGCUGGGAGUUGCAAAAGAGCAGUACGUCCAGGUGACUGUUGGUACUCGAAAGGAACAGACGAUUCUUUUACCAAAGGUUAUCGACACUUUUGCAAAGGACUCCAAUUUAAGUGAGCAAGUUUUACUGGACAUGAUUCAAUGCUAUCUUCCUGAGACUAUAAGAACGGUUGUGCACCGAUGGCAACAGAAAAGUUCCUACAGGAUCAUUGAAUGGGUACCUCACAACUGCUCUUUCAGAUAUUUGCUUUCAAGAGAAUUGACAAGUCUUUAGACCAACUGACACCAUCUAAUGUUUCUACUAAGAGAACCAUGGUCUGCCUCUGUGCGUGGAGAUGAGUUGGGUCCUUUUUCUUUUUUGUGUGUUUGAGCGUAGUGUGCAUAAAAGAGUUGAUUUAUGAGGAUAUAAAGGCUGCUGACACUGUAUUCGUGUACAUAAUUCAGUGAUACUUGCAUAAG